AUGGGGCUCUCUGAUGUCCAGCUCUGGCCAGUGCUGCUGUGGGCACUGGUGUGGACACAGGGUGUAAGAGCUGCAUGUCACUCCUGCAGGAGCCCAACACUGGAGCCUCAAGCAGAACAAGCUCUGGUCCUGGAGAUAGCCAAGCAGCAAAUCCUGAAGGGGCUGCACCUGACCAGUCGUCCCAAGAUAAGUCAUCCUCCACCCCAGGCAGCACUGACAGGAGCCCUCCAGAGACUACAGACUGGGAAUAUGGUUCCAGAAAAUGGAGAGGAGAUCAUCAGCUUUGCUACAGUCACAGAUUCCUCCACUUCAGCCUGCAGUUCCAUACUCACUUUCCACCUGUCCACCCUUCAGUCCCACCACCUUUACCAAGCCCGUCUUUGGCUACACGUGGUCCCCACGCUUCCUGGCACUCUCUACCUGAGGAUCUUUCAGUGGAGCCCCAGGAGGCACCAAGGAUCCCGCACCCUCCUAGCUGAGCACCAAACGACUACUCCUGGCUGGCAUGCCUUCACUCUGCCCCCUAGUGGCGUGAGGGGUGAAGACUCUGGCAUCCUGAAACUCCAAUUGGACUGCAGACCUCUAGAAGACAACAGCACAGUUGCUGGACAAUCCACUCGGCUCCUGGACACAACAGGAAACCAAGGGCCCUUCCUGGAGCUGAAGAUCGGAGCCAAUGAGCCUAGAACAAGCAGGGCCAGAAGGAGGACCCCCACCUGUGACCCUACUACCCCUUUAUGUUGUAGACGAGACCAUUAUGUACACUUUCAGGACCUGGGAUGGGGGGACUGGAUCCUGCAGCCUGAUGGCUACCAACUUAAUUACUGCAGUGGCCAAUGCCCCCUACACCUGGCUGGCAGCCCAGGUAUUGCUGCUUCUUUCCAUUCUGCUGUCUUUAACCUCCUCAAAGCCAAUAGUCCUUGGCCAGCAGGUACCUCCUGCUGUGUCCCUACUAUCCAAAGGCCUCUCUCAAUUCUCUACCUAAACCAGGAUGGCAAUGUGGUCAAGGUGGAUGUACCUGAUAUGGUGGUUGAGGCCUGUGGCUGUAGCUAG